GAAUAAGCCUCCGCCUCUUCCCUUCCUACUCUCUCUCUCUCUCCUCAUCCGCUCACCCUCCCUUCCUCCUUCUUUCACCUCCAUCCACCACCACCACCACCACCACCACCCCCAACCUCCUCUCCAUUCCCCUAUAUCGCGACUGUGCGUCUGCUCCUUGACGCGCGCAACUGUCGCUUUCGGUUGUCCUGCAUCGCUCAUUUAUGUUGCACGUCAAUGUGUCUCCUUGCCCGACUGUCAAAUUGAAGAGCGAAAGCCACUAAAGCAGGGCCAACGGCGCCAAUCAACAUCAUCACCGAUUCCUUUCUCCACCUCAAUCCUUAACAACACAACAAACCAUUCUCACCACCUCCACCUCCACCUCCACCUCCACCACCGCAUCCCAAGGCCCUUCUCUCACCAUCCACGCGCCUCAUGCGAUUUUUCAGCUUUAUCGGCUUACAUUCAAGCAAGUCGAACAAUGAGGUAGCCAGCGACGCUCCUGCCCCCGACCCCGAUCCUCCUGCCAUGGAAUCGUCGCAGUUACCGAACGCGAUGGCUCAGGACGCAUCUUCACCGCUCAGCUCGAUCGCGAGCUGUGCACCCAGCAUUGCACCCAGUCCCGCACCUUCGUCGGCUUCCUCAGACUCUGGUUUAUCGACGUUGAGCAGGUCGCCUACACCCCCAGCACAUUUGGACCGCCUGUAUCCCUCCCCUUUGGCCUCCCAGCAGUCCUCGGCCAAAUCCUCGCCCGCCCCCCGAGCCAUGGCUACCACUCCCCCCUCGAGUGACAACGAUGGCCCGCCCCGGAAGAAGAGAAAGGUUGCCGAACCAAAACAACGCACCACAGAACGACUUGAUCUGGCCAGUGCCACGGCUGAUGACGCGCAAUUGAAGCGACUCAUGGAUGUUUUGAAUAAGAAGCGAAAGAUUGUUGUGAUUGCGGGUGCUGGCAUUUCCGUCUCUGCUGGCAUUCCCGACUUCCGUUCGGCUGGCGGCCUCUUCAAUUCCCUUCGCAAGCAGCACAAACUCAAGUCCUCUGGUAAGGACCUCUUUGACGCGUCUGUUUACUCGGAUGACACGUCCACAUCCACCUUUCACGACAUGGUCCGGUCCCUGUCCCACGAGACAAAGAAGGCGCAGCCCACUGCAUUUCACCAUCUUCUCGCGACGCUCGCCCAGGAAGGCAGGCUACUUCGCCUCUACUCCCAGAAUGUCGACGGCAUUGACGCAUCCAUCCCUCCUCUGAAAACACAGGUUCCUCUACCAAAGAAAGGUCCUUGGCCAAAGACAGUCCAGCUGCAUGGCGGACUUGACCAUAUGGUCUGUUCCAAAUGCUCUGCACUCUCCAACUUCGAUGCAGAGAAAUUCAAUGGUCCCACUCCUCCAGCUUGUGGCCAUUGCCAAGAAAAUGAUGCAGUGCGUGCAGUCGCUGAGAAGCGAAGUCAUGGAAUUGGUCGCCUUCGACCCCGAAUGGUGUUAUACAACGAACACAACCCCGACGACGAAGCUAUCGGUUCAUGUGUGAGUGCCGAUCUUCGUACGCGCCCUGAUGCCGUUAUUGUCGCCGGAACCACUCUCAAGGUCCCGGGAGUGCGGCGUAUCGCGCGUGAAAUGUGCGCUACCGUACGCGAUCGACGCGACGGCGUCGCGAUCUGGAUCAACAACGACCCCGAGCCUCUAGGAAAGGAUUUGUCGAAUAGCUGGGACAUCAUUGUCAAGGGACCGUGUGAUGACGUUGCAGAAAAGGCCAAUAUGCGUAAAUGGGAUCAGCCUCCGGUCGAGUUCAAGGUGGUCUCUGAUAACGAGGUAGAGUCCAAGAAACAGCAACAGAGGGCUGAUGUCAUGAUUCCGUCUUCCGUCGCUUGCACGCCAAAGAAGCUAGGAGCUGUCGAUAUGAUUCAAGGACAAUUAACGCCUGGCCAAAGUCCGCGUAUGGGGCCUCAACGCGCGAUCAAACUCGAAGCUGUGGAUCCACCUUCCACCCCUUCCAAGAAACAAGGUACAAAAAGGAAAUCUGGAGGCGGACAGACAGCGAUCUCAAAGGCUGCCAAACCGAAAGCAGUGUCGAAGCCGCAAAAGAAACGGGCCCCCAAGAGCAAGGCAAAGCAAGCGAACGAGAAUCCGAAGAUUACCAGCCAGUUUGCCGUUUCCAAGUCUUCCACUACGGCAUUGAAGUCAUCUAUUGCAGGCAAAGCCUCAAAGUUCAUCUCGUAUGACCCAGCUAAGAAGGAGAACAAGCCUAUCAAGGAGAUCCACGAAACCGUCUGCAGUACUUCCCUGCCUGAGCCGAUGACACCAAAAUCGGGGAAAGUGACUGCUUGGAAACCUACGGCGCGAGAGACUAUGCUCGAUCUCCCCACUGCAGACCCACGUAACAACUCUGCUUAUCUUUUUUCACCCACGAGACCUGAUGUUGAGCCCUUCACGUCGCCCGCAAAGCCCACCGAGGAUUGGGACGCGAAUGAUUCCAGACCCUCCACCGCGAGUUCGCGCAGGGAUGAAAUAGAACAUCCGACAGGCGCUGUCCCUCAUUUUACGCGAGAUAUACUUUGUUAGUUUGCAUUUCUAGGCGCUGUGGAAUUGGUUGCAAUACGCAGGAAAGUAAAUAUCGCAACCUCAUGCAUUACUGGCGUUUCUAGCCUCCUGGGACCUCGGUCCUUUACGUGGACAGGCUUUACAUUAUUUUCUAUUCAUUUCUGUUCCAAUGUGUGUCUGCAUAAUCGACACGCCGCCCCUGAUAGUUGAGACGCUACAUGGGAAUGAGGAUGCCAAAGAUGGUCUCCUUAGUAGCUGUUGAAACUGCUUGUAGUCACUACCAAUACACAGACUUUGGAACCUUUGAUUUAGUGUGUUGGUGAAUAAUUGAACCCAUCUUAUG